AUGCUUGCGGAACCGCGGGUUGCUGGCGCACAGCGCUGCCCUGAGGUGGAAGAGCUCCUAGCGGGCCGACACCACGACACCAUGCAUCCCGUAUCUGGCUACGACAUGAUGCCCCAGAGGGAAGACUCUGGCAUCAUGGACGUCUACCCAAGCACCGAGACGGGCUCUGCGCAUGAGUCCAUGUCGCCCUCCAAGCAGACGCCCAAGAAGCACGUCAGCUUCGAGCUGCUGCUCCCCCAGUCUCCAGCCCACAAGGCCCGACUACCCAUGCGAGUAGACAUAUACCCUCACGAUACAACAGACUCCAUCAUCACCACAGUUAAGAACUUCUAUGGUCUGUAUGAGCGUCGAGGCGUCAUCUUUGAGGACCGUCACGGCAACACGCUGAUUGCGCGCUUCGAGAACUUCGAACACGGCAUGACCGUCUACGUCCGAGUCUCACCAGAGACUCUCGAUGCUGAUGAAUACUCUCCCGACCCCCAUCAGCAGACCAUCUCGCCUCGUCGCGCGCGACCCCACCUCGACGAAGCCUUCCAAAUGCUCCCACCCAUCCAGCACCACCAGGGCUCGAGAGCGGGGUCCCGCCAUGCACGCCAGAGCCACUCCCCACACCCAGGACGUGGGCGGAGGAGCGCUUCAGUCAGCAAGCGCAUGCGACCGUCCAUAAAGAGUCGCGGCAACAGUUCGCAUGGGAGCUUCGCUGACGCCAAUGGCGACGGCUACAGUGACAGCGACGAGGAGCAUGGCUCUGUCAGCAGCUCGCGACGCUCGAGGAAAGAGCCACUGGCGAGCGCUGAGAUCAGCGUUGAUAACAUUGUUGAAGGUGGCCGCCGCAAGCGUGCAAAAUUCGACAGCUCGGAGCUGCCUCUGUUCGUACCGCCUCAAGUCCCCAUGACUGCUUCACAGUCGUCCGUAUCCCCUCAGCGACGUAUCAGCGGAAACACUGCUGGCUCGCCAUACUCUGUCAAUCAGCAGACAUUCUCAUACUCGCAUCCGCUGCCCUCGCCGCAGAGUUAUGGUCAGGGUGACAGUUCAUACCUUCAAGGACUGGUCACACCCUACUCUACAUCGAGCAAUCAAGCUCAGGGGUACAAGUCUCGGGCGCGCGGCUCAGCGCAGCAUUCCCACUAUCGCUACUCUGGCAGCGGUGGAGCGCUCCCUACCCCUGACACCACUCUUGCGAGUAUCAGUGUCAUCUCUGAUGAGGAUGUCGCCCGUCAGCUCAUGCGCUUGGGUGAUGCGUCCAACUUCUCCACCCAUGGUCGUACUUCCACUUCCACGCUCGAUGAUGCCUUUAGCGGAAAAGCCGCAGCAUCUUCAAGCGACGAGAGCGCUGACGGUAGCGAGGACGAGAGUGAGCUUCCUCCUCUCGCGUACAACAUGGCUCGGGCAAUGAACGACCACACUCGUGUUUACGAUGAGGCUGAGAGUAGCGGUGAGGACUACGAAGACGACCGAGAUGAGUCUUUCAAGGGUCACAGUGAUGAGAUGAUGUCAGGAGAACACGGCCAUCGUGUGCACUCUGGUAUCAUCAAGGCCCAUUCCGUGUCAAGCAAGUCCGGCAAGCCCAGCAAGCCUCGUGCCGUCUCUAAGAGCAAGUCCAAGGUCAAUGGCACUAGCAAGACUCCAUUGUCUCCGUCCUCUCUCCCCUCACAGUCACGCAAGGCUUCUAAUGCGUCUUUGAACUUCCAGCAUCAGCUUGGCGUCGACGAGGAGGAUCUCUCGAGCAAGCCACGCUGCCAGCGCUGCCGCAAGAGCAAGAAGGGCUGUGACCGCCAACGACCAUGCCAGCGCUGCAAAGAUGCUGGUAUCGGUGCCGAGGGAUGCGUCAGCGAAGACGAAGGCAACGGCAGGAAGGGACGCUACGGACGUCACAUGGGGGUCUCUGUUAAGAAGAACUCAGUCUCGUCAGCAACGUCGAUGGCGCCUCCCCCGAUGCAUGACUAUCACAUGUCGAUGGAAGGUUACUCAAUGAGCACGGCGCUUGACAAGAGCAAGAAGCGCAAGAGGUAG